AUGACUGAGAUCAAUCCGCUCGAUGUGUUGGCCAUAAAGAAUGUGGUAUCACGUUACUGCCAAGCACUUGACUCGAAAGACUUCGAUAUGUUAGACAGGGUGUUCGUUCCAGAUGUUGACGCGAACUAUCCCUUCAACAACAGCAUGAAGAGCGUGAGCGAAGUGAAAGACGCUAUCAAGAACCGUCUCGGACCAGUCCGCACACACCAUAGCCUUACAACGCAAACCAUCACUUUCAGGCCUGAUGCGCGCACGGCGCAAGUGGAGACAUACUUCCAGGGAGUGCAUUUUGGACAGGGCCCACAUGAGGGCAAGAUGCUGUGCGCAUACGGCAAGUAUAUCGACAACGUGAUGCUGCUGAAGGCAGAAAAUGAUAAUCACGAGGGUGUGCGCGGUGCGAGCGGAAUUUGGAGAAUCACGAACAGGACGGUGACCUUUACCCAGAGGAUUGGUGAUGAGAAAAUUAUGCAGGAGCAUUGA